AUGACAAAUAAAUUAACAGAAUAUAUAUCAAAUGAACAAUCAUUAAAAGAUUUACCAUUUAAAUCAUUUCCAAUUCAAUUUGCUGAACAAGCAGGUUUAUAUAAAUCAUAUAUUCAUAUGAAUAAUGGUGGAUAUGAUUAUGAAUCUAUUUUAUUAAGAAGAUAUGCUAAAAUACCUGAUUUGAAUAUGUUUGUUACUAAUUUUGUUAUUUUAACACAAAUUGAAUCUAAUUAUUUAAUUACUAAUUCUAAAUAUAGUAAUAAAAUUACAAAUAUAUUAAAUUUAGAUAGAUUAAAUUUAGCAAUUAAAGCUAUUUUAACAUAUCAUGAUAAUAAUUUUAAUGAAAGUGUUCCAGUUUAUAACUUUUGGCCUCAAAAAUUAUUACCAAAUUCAAAAUAUUAUCAAGCUUAUCCAAUUAAUUUAAUUGAACCUUUAAAUGAAUUUGGUUCAAUGGAAAAGUAUAUUGAAGAAUUAUUAAAAUUUCUAAAAUUGGAAAAUUUAUUAGAAAAAGUUGAAGAUUUAAUUGAAAGUUUUCAAUUUCUAGCUCAAGCUUUUCAUAUUCCAGCUGAUUAUGAUGAUACUUCAUGUAAUUUAGCAUUAGGUUCAAUGUUAUUUAAAUAUUUAAAUAAUAAUCAAGAAUUAAUUAAUUUAUGGAAAUCUAAAAAUGUUGAUUAUGAUUCUUUAUUUAAAAUUUAUGAAAGAUUUGCCUAUCAUUUAAUUGUUAAUAAUAAUCAUAAUAAUAAUCAUAAUAAUAAUCAACUAGAACAUCAAGAAGAACAUCAAGAAGAACAUCAAAAAGUGAACAAUGAACAACAUCAAAAUAUUAUUGAUCCAAGAUCUUAUUUUAUUUUUCAUAAAUUUUUUGAAAAUAAUUUAAAUAUUAAAUUACCAAUGACAUGGUUAAUGGAUAUUAAACAAGAUAGAGAUAGAUUUCCAGCAGUAGCACAACCAUUUAAUGUUAAUAAUGUUGAUUUGAGUGUUUUAACUAAUUUUAUAUUUGGAGUAUCUGCACAUACUUUAAAUGGAAAUGAGUUAUUAUUAGAUUCACAUCCAAUUAUAGAACAAAUGUUAUUAAAUGCAAGUAAAAUAAUUGAAUAUUCAAUUAUGAAUGAAAUUGAAUCUAAAAGACCUGAUUUAUCACUUGUUUAUUAUCCAAGUGUUUAUGAUUUUUAUUGGUUUAUUUCUAGAACUAGUUUCCUUUUAAAGAAUUCUAAUACUAAAUCAAGAAUAUUAUUAGAAAUUUCUAAAAUAUUUGAUAAUAUUUUAAUUAAAUAUAUUACAAAUAAUUUAUUAAAUUUAUCUAAAAAGAAUGAAAAGAAUGAAAUUUAUUGGGAUGAUUUUUUAGGAGAUUUUAAAGAAAAAGAAUUAGGAGAAGAUAGAUUAUUUUCAACAUCAUUAGCAUUAUCAACAUUAUUAGAUACAUGGACAAAUUUAGAAAAUAAUAGAAGAGUAUGGAAUCCAUCCAUUCCAUUACAUGUUAAAAAUUUAAUUGAAAAUGGAAUUUUAUAUUUACAAGAAAAUUUAUUUUCAUUUUGGUCAAUUUAUGAAAAUGCAUUCUUUUCAGGAUCAGUGAAAGGAUCAAAUGAUUAUCCAUUUUAUUAUCCAAUGAAUUAUUGUGAAUUUUUAAAUGGUACUAUUUUAAAACCAAUUGAUCCUAAUAUGAUUACUGAUGAUUUAAUUGUUGGUAUGGAGGGUUUAAUUUCACCUCAACAAUAUGAUUUAUAUUUAAAACAAUUAUGGUUUAAUGAAUCUGUACCUACCAAAUUUAAUGGUUUUGAAAAGGAAACAUUUCCAUUUUGGAGUUCACCUGCUUUGACUUAUUCUAUUACUCAAUUGGUUUUUUCAAAAUAUUUAAGUUUAAAUUAA